CUAGUCCUAAUAUGUGAAUAUGGAGUCAGACAGACCAAGUCAGCAGCCCCUUAUUUCCAUUAGAACCUUCUAUUUCUAUGCGUGGCGUGAUAUUUAAUAGAGGCCCGCCAGACUUUUGUCAAAUAUCUACCGCCCUCCCUCCCGCAUUCCUCCGUGUUGACACUUGACCCAUGAUGCCAAAUAGUCCGGGGCUUCAUUAAAACCAUUACCCUUUCUUGUCUGCCACGUAUCUCCUCCAAAUCCUAGCUAAUAUAUCAAACCGUUUUCCUCCAAUCUCUCCUCCAAACACAAAAUGUGUCCAGCCACCUUCUUCCUCUUCAUCAUCCUGUUAAUCCAGACGCCUCAUCUAACUUUCUGUGAUGAGUUUAAUAGCAGCAGUGUGUAUGAGGCCUGCGCCCAGUCAUUCAGUUGCGGCGAUAUUGAUGAUAUAGGCUACCCUUUCUGGGGAGGGAGCCAGCCGGCCUACUGCGGCCACCCAAGUUUUGGGCUGACCUGCAGUGAUGAGUCCUCCCCGGAAAUUACAAUCCUAGCGGUGAAAUACAAAGUUUUAGGUAUCAGCAGCCAGGCGGCCACUAUUGUGAGAUAUGAUCUAUCAACCAAUAUUUGUCCUUCCAUCCCUCAAAGGGCAUCCUUGGACUUGAACCUCUUCAGUUACGCUCCCUCUGGUAACCAGAACAUUACCCUGUUCUACGGUUGCACCAUCGUAAACCCUGUUUCAGUCCCAAUUCCUAAACUCUUAAACUGCAGUGAAGAGGGUUCUGAUUCAAACAGAAAUAAUGUCCUCUGGUCGCCCACUACAGGAUUGCCAUCUAUUCCCGGUAUCACCAGUAAUAUCUUCAGGUGCGGGAUUGACAUCUUUGUUACUGUCACUCAAGAAGCUUUUGACUCUUUAGUUAAGGCUUCCCUUAACGUUACGGAGGACCUCCUCAGAACCGCCGUGGGCGGUGGUUUUUCUGUGGAUUGGAAAGCAAAUAAUACUUUAUGCGAGGAUUGUACUGGGACAGGGGGGCGAUGCGGUUCCAAUGGCGAUCCCAUUUCAACACAAUUUAUUUGCUACAUUGCUAACAGUAGCAGCAGCAAUAAAGCGCCUCUACUGGCAAUAGGUCUUGGCAUAGCAGGUGCUGCGCUUGCUGGUGUUGGCAUUGGAUUGCUAAUAUUUAGACAAAAAAGAAAGUGGGUUGCAGCACAAGCACUAGAUCAUGAACAAGUGCUGCCUAUUCAAAACAUUGAAGCAUUCGUAAGGACUAAGGGAUUUCAUGCUACCAAGCUGUAUACUUAUUCGGAUAUAAAGAAAAUGACUAAUUCAUUCAAUGACAAGAUUGGAAAAGGAGGCUUUGGUAGUGUAUACAGAGGAAAGUUACCUGAUGGAUGCCCAGUAGCUGUGAAGCUAUUGAACAACACAAAGGGUAAUGGAGAAGACUUCAUCAAUGAAGUUGCUAGCAUUAGUCGAACCUCCCACGUGAACAUAGUUACUCUUGUAGGGUUCUGUUAUAAGAAGAAAAGAGCUUUGGUCUAUGAAUUCAUGCCGAAUGGAUCAUUAGACAAGUACAUAGGCAACAAAGGGUUACAAAAUAUGAGUUGUCUCGAGUGGAAGACAUUGUACCAGAUUGCAAUUGGCAUUGCCCGAGGACUAGAAUAUCUGCAUAGAGGGUGUAACACAAGAAUCAUGCACUUUGACAUUAAACCUAACAACAUUCUUUUGGACAAGGAUUUCACCCCCAAAAUCUCUGAUUUCGGCCUGGCAAAACUGAGCAAGAAAAAGGAGAGCGUUGUAUCUCUAUCCAUGUACGGUGCUAGAGGAACAAUAGGAUACAUUGCUCCAGAAGUUGUCUUCAGAAGCAUUGGAAGUGUUUCACACAAAUCCGAUGUUUACAGUUAUGGCAUGACGGUUAUUGACAUGGUGGGAGUAAGGGAGAACGUACAUGCGGCUCAGACGAGUGACUUAUAUUUCCCAAAUUGGAUAUAUGAGCAUCUGGAGCAAGGAUUAGAUUUCAGUCUUGAAGGCAUCAGAGAUGAGGAGGAUAAAGAAAUGGCAAUGAAGAUGAUAUUGGUUAGAUUGUGGUGCAUCCAGACGAAUCCAGCAGACCGCCCUUCCAUAACAAAAGUGGUAGAGAUGUUGGAGGGAAGUAUUGAGUCCUUGGAGAUUCCACCUAAACCAUUUUUCUGUCCUCCAACUGAUGAUUCACCUCAGCAGUCCCCUACAUCAUCAGUUACCACAUAAAUCUUAUCUAAGGCAAAACAGGUCCAUAUUGUGUCAAAUGAGGAUUCUAAGUAUGGGAUGAUAUGAUGACAUAAUCUCCACACACUACCAAAUACUCUCUUUCCUGAUGUUUUCCCCAAAUCAUUGCUUGAAAUCAUAAUAUUAUAUUGUUCAAAUUA